AUGGCCUGCCAGACGUGCCGGCUGCAUGCAAGGAGCAUGCUGCGCUCCGCCCUCGGUGCUGGCGUCGCCGCUGCUCCCUCCCCUGCCGCGCGAAAAGUCGCCACAUCCAGCGCGCCCGCCACAGUACGCUCAACGACGACGACGACGAGAAUACAAACGGCGCGCCACUUUAGCAGCUCGUCACCACGUCACAUCCUCGGCCUCCGGGACUCGUACCGCGUCGUCGGUGCCUCGGAGCGCUUGUUCAAGGUCUGCGCCAAGCCGGCCGAUUACCGCAUCACAGACGAGGAGCGCAAACAGGACCGUGUCCAGAAGCGCGACGACGGCGAAGAGAUUGGCAAGGCCAAAGACGCUGAAAAUGCAUGGAACAAGACAUUCGGCCUGCAGCCCUCCUUCAGCACGUGGUCGCACGUCACUAUGCUGCAUCUGUACCUCAUCAACGCGCGGCUGCGCUGCUUCGACCGGGACGAGUACCGCAACUGGUCGCAGCAGCUGAUUGACCACUUCUUCUUCGAGUGCGAGAAGAAGAUGCACCUCGACCACAACAUCACCUCGAGCGCCCUGCGCCAGCGCUACCUCAAGGACAUCUUUGUCCAGUGGCGCGGCCUGCUGCUCGCCUACGACGAGGGGCUCGUCAAGGGCGACGCCGUCCUCGCCAGCGCCGUCUGGCGCAACCUCUUCAAGGGCGACCCCCACGCCGACCCCCGCGCCCUCGUCGCCAUUGUCGGCUGGAUCCGCGCCAGCCUCGCCGCCCUCGAGGGCGCCUCGGACCUGACGUUUGCGCAGCAGGCCGCUGAGAUCUUGGAGAAGCCCGUUGACGUCUUUUGGACGAGGCUCGAGGCGCCGUUUUUGAGCGACCAGGAGGGCGGCGACAAGACGUUGCCGCAGACGCCGCAGCAGGUCAAGGCCAAGGCCGCCGCGGCGGACAAGGUUGCUGCUACUCUGUAG